ACCCAUAGCGGUACCUGGUCUCUCUACCAUUCUACUAUAAAAAACCAGUCUCCCGCGAACCCACCAUACUGAAACCGGAAGUGGAGUCUUCGGCUGCUUUUGUGUUUUCUUCUAUAUAUCCAACGUCGAAUUGUGGCCAUCCAUGUUUCAAAAUCUGUUAAGGUUGUUUUGUUUUGUGCUUGCUCCUCUCUAUUUUCUGUGUGUUUGCUUAUUUUUCACCAUUAACGAGACCGACGACGUUGCUACUAAAAAUGUACAGCAUCUGAGUCCACGAGCUGCCACUGUGUUCAAUAGAAAGCCGUCAACGCCGAAAGCUGAGUACAUCUGGAAUAUCAUGGCUGAAUCAGGUCAAGAUUGUUCUUUCGACAAACCCAGAUUUGUGGUCAACAAGGUUUUGGCCAGAGCUCAACAAGAGAGUGCUGGUGGUAUUUUUAGGAGAUGCAUUGGAAGAAGCGAAUUGAAGUUUUUGGACCCUUUUCUGAUGUUCGUUGAUUUUUCGCUGACUCCUCCAUCUGGAUUUCCUGAUCAUCCACACAGAGGUUUUGAGACUGUCACAUACAUGUUGCAGGGAGGCCUUAUUCAUCAAGACUUUGCAGGAAAUAAGGGAACAAUUCGAACCGGCGAUGUUCAGUGGAUGACGGCUGGUAGAGGAAUUAUUCACUCUGAAAUGCCUGCAGGUGAAGGACCUUCAAAGGGCUUCCAGCUUUGGAUCAAUUUAGCUUCCAAAGACAAAAUGACUGAACCAAGUUAUCAAGAACUUUUAGCCGAUCAGAUAAAAAGGGUAGAGGAAGAUGGGGUCGAGGUCCGAGUUAUAGCAGGAGAAUCAAUGGGAGUCCAAUCUUCGGUUUACACCCGAACUCCAACAAUGUAUCUGGAUUUCACAUUAAACCCCGGAGCUCAAGUGCAUCAGAAAAUCCCAGAAUCAUGGAAUUCAUUUGUGUACAUAAUUGAAGGGGAAGGGGUCUUUGGCUCCUCAAACUCAUCACCUGUGGCAGCUCACAAUCUCCUGGUUCUGGGUCCUGGAGAUGGUGUAAGUGUGUGGAACAGGUCCUCAAAGAAACUGAGGUUUGUGCUGAUUGGAGGGCAGCCGCUUAAUGAACCUGUGGCCCAGUACGGUCCUUUUGUGAUGAACACACAAGCUGAAAUCAGCAGGGCUAUUGAAGACUACCAAUAUUUCAAAAAUGGGUUUGAACUGGCCAGGAGCUGGAGAUCUCAAUAAGAUUAAAAGAUAGAUAAUAAUUGAAUAAAUAAAAAAUAAGGGUUUUCCCUUCUGUCUUUCAUGUUUCCCACCAAGUACCUACCCCCUUCCUUCCACCUACUCAAGCUUUUCUCGUGUGGGAAUGGUUCCAUCUUCCCCCACCUCUCUUUCUUCCUCUUUUCACUUUCUUUUUCUCCUCUUCCUCCUCUUACCUCCAUUGUCAUCACAAUCUACCUUCUCCCUUUUGGGUGACUAUCUUUCAAUAAGUGUGGGAAUGGUUCUAUCUUUGGGUUAACAAUUGUAGUUGGGCUUUUGCUCUUGUAAUCAGUACAAUUCAUUUCUUGGGCUUCUUAUCAAGGAACCCAAGAUAAAUUUAUUGGCUCUAUUUUUGCAA